AUGAGAUCAGAGCCGAUGGCUUUGUAUCAGAUUUUCUAUGAUGAUGAUUCCUCUUUUAGUUCGCCUGCAGCAUCGUCAGCAAUGCUCGAAGCACUAGCACGCAGCAGGUACAUCAGUCGAAAAAGUGAUCUGCUCGUGAUCAAUGACCGCUUUUCUGAUCUAGCUCAGCGUGGAAUGUCGAAGAGGCUGAAGAAAAACCAGAUGCUUCUCAGUGAUUUUGCUCAUAAGUGCAGCAUGCUUGUUCUGAUUAUUAAUACACAUGCCAGUCCUGCCAAUGGAGGCCUUUUAUAUGAUCCUAAGAAGGUGAUGAGCUUACAAGUGAUUUUGGAUUAUGUGUGUCCGCAAGAGGUUUAUAGCAAAUUCACGACUAGAGUUCUCUUCAUCGUCUGUUGUGGUGGAUUUGUGCAACACUCACUACAUGAACUCAAAGAAUCUAGUGCUCUGUUCAGUACAGUCUUCGCAUUUGAUGCACCGAGCCUGGAUCCAAUUACGAUAAGCAAUCACUUCAUUAGCACCGUGCUCGACUUUCAUGUCUUUGGCAGAGAACACGUCUCGAAAGCCUUGGAAAGAGCAUUGAAGCCAGAAGUGCUCAGUCACACGUCUGUCUAUGCUGGCUGGGACGGACAACUUCGGCGUAUUUCCGAUGCGGCAUGGCGUCGGAGACCAAACGGUGUAGACAUCCGUUGCUGCGGCCAGGCUGCCAAAUAUAUUAGCACAGUCACCGGAAAUGACUUCAUCACAUUCCACUGUCAGCAAUCCCAGCAUAAAGGUGCAAGGACCUUCCGUGUGCGCGCGCUCAAAGACAAUAAGCCCUAUCAAUACUUUGUUGGACAUCGGGGGAAGCCUAGAUAUAUGGUCUCUAUUGUUCAUCGGGAAGGUGACAAGUAA